UGCGCAUCCAUCGAAUCUUGUCAACGGAAUUAUUAACUUCCAAUUUGCCCGAUCGCGAACUUUAUUCAAGACUGCAGGAUAACCUUUUUUCUUUCUUGUUGGACUAACAAAUUAACAUAAAAUCUCCCAUUAUUUCGCCAACUCGAUCCUCUCUCGAACACCUUAUUGCUUGCGCAAACACGCACAUACAGUACAAACUUCCUCCAACAUGUCUUCCGCAAAAAGGCGAAAGACAUCACCCGCAGCUGAAGUCCAAGAUGAAUCCCUUGAUUCCGAGACCGUAGAGGGCUCUGUUGUCGACUCUGCCCCUAAAACGUUUAAAGAUUUGGGAAUCGUCGAUACUCUAGUCGAAGCGUGCCACUCACUUGGCUACAAACACCCAACCCCGAUUCAGGCGCAAUCCAUCCCUCUCGCUUUACAAGAUAGGGAUCUUAUAGGACUGGCUGAGACUGGUAGCGGAAAGACGGCCGCUUUCGUUCUACCUAUCCUCCAAGCUCUCCUAGAAAAGCCAUCUCCUUUCUUCGGUCUUAUAUUAGCUCCUACUCGCGAACUUGCGGCACAGAUCGGUCAAUCGGUAGACGCUCUUGGUGCCUCCAUAUCGGUAAGAUGCGCCGUUAUCGUCGGUGGCUUAGAUAUGGUUCCCCAGGCCAUCGCCUUGUCCAAAAAGCCUCACAUCGUUGUGGCCACGCCAGGACGACUAUUAGAUCAUCUUGAAAAGACGAAGGGGUUUAAACUAUCAAAUACGAAGUACUUAGUUAUCGACGAGGCCGAUCGACUUUUGGACAUGGACUUCGGUCCCAUACUGGACAAGUUACUCAAGUUUCUCCCAAGAGAGAGGCGCACGUUCCUCUUCAGCGCUACCAUGUCGUCAAAGGUCGAAAGUUUACAGAGGGCCAGUCUACGAGACCCGCUACGCGUCAGCAUUAGCAGCAACAAAUACCAGACCGUCUCAACUCUACAGCAGUACUACCUGUUCAUCCCACAUAUGCAUAAGGAUACAUACUUGAUUUUCCUUGUGGCGAGUGAGUUUACCGGACGGUCAACCAUAAUAUUCACAAGAACCGUCUACGAAACCCAGAGGGUUGCCAUCUUCCUUCGAUACUUGGGUUUCGGAGCAAUACCCCUUCACGGUCAACUAUCGCAGUCUGCACGAUUGGGUGCCCUGAAUAAAUUCAAGUCCGGAUCGCGGGAUAUCCUAGUCGCGACCGACGUUGCUGCACGAGGUUUAGAUAUACCUAAGGUUGAUGUUGUAAUCAACUAUGACUUACCUCAAGAUAGUAAGACAUAUAUUCACCGAGUCGGAAGAACUGCCCGUGCAGGUAAUGCUGGACAGGCCUUGAGUUUAGUCACGCAGUACGAUCUUGAAAUUUAUCAGCGUAUUGAGGCGGCUCUAGGUAAGAAAUUAGGAGAGUACGAGACUAGUAAGGAGGAAGUAAUGGUGUUCAAGCGCCGAGUCGAGGAGGCUCAGCGCCACUCGCGUAAUGAGAUGAAGACUCUGAUGGACGACCGGGGCAAUAAGGGUUCAGUCCUGAAAGGCCGUCAUAUGGGUAAAGGAGGAAAGAGACGACAUGAUGCCAUGGAUGCCGAGGAAGGGUAAGCGGCGAUAUACUAUUAGAUGAAUGAUCAUAACUUAAAAACCUAAAGGGUUGGUGAGACAUCCAGCCAGAUUACUGUAGAUACCCAACAAUUGAAAAGCCGUUACCAUGUAGUUUCAGUCAGUAACGAUAACAUCUCUAUUGAACCUGCGUUGGU